GCAAAGCCUGCUAACGCGCCUGCGCGGGCGGGCGUGCCCCGGAAGCAGUCCUUUGGCCGGUGACACGUAGCAACAGGGCUCCUGCAGGGUCUGGAACUGAGUUUGGGGGGUUACUGGGGGCCGCUGGAGCUGCAGACGCCGGCGGCGGAGCGUUGGGUCGUUGGCCAUGUCAGGCUUUGAUAACUUAAACAGCGGUUUCUACCAAACAAGUUACAGCAUCGACGAGCAAUCUCAGCAGUCCUAUGACUAUGGAGGAAGUGGAGGACCCUACAGCAAGCAGUAUGCUGGCUAUGACUACUCGCAGCAAGGUCGAUUUGUCCCUCCAGACAUGAUGCAGGCACAGCAGACAUACACUGGGCAGAUUUACCAGCCAACUCAGGCCUAUCCUUCAACUGCACCUCAGACGUACUAUGGAGACAGCUUUGAGGAGGAGCCUCCUUUGUUAGAAGAGUUGGGUAUCAAUUUUGAUCACAUCUGGCAAAAAACACUGACAGUGCUGCACCCCCUGAGAGUGGCCGACGGCAGCAUUAUGAAUGAGACCGACCUGGCAGGGCCCGUGGUGUUCUGCCUCGCCUUUGGAGCCACGCUGUUACUGGCUGGCAAAAUCCAGUUUGGCUAUGUAUAUGGGAUCAGUGCAAUUGGAUGUUUAGGAAUGUUUUGUUUGUUAAAUUUAAUGAGUAUGACAGGUGUCUCAUUUGGUUGUGUGGCAAGUGUCCUGGGGUAUUGUCUUCUUCCCAUGAUCCUGCUGUCCAGCUUUGCAGUGGUAUUUUCUUUACAAGGAAUGGUAGGAAUUCUUCUCACUGCGACGAUCAUUGGCUGGUGUAGCUUUUCGGCUUCCAAAAUUUUUAUUUCUGCAUUAGCUAUGGACGGACAACAACUUUUAGUGGCAUAUCCUUGUGCUUUGUUGUAUGGAGUCUUUGCCCUGAUUUCCAUCUUCUGAACUGAUUUGUCUGGGAUGUGGAUAUCAGUGGGCCGAACUCACUAAAAGGACCUUGGACUCUUCAAAUUGGACCAGCAAACCACUGCAGUGCAGCUAACUCAUGCCGAUGACCAGUAGCCUGGAAGCAGCAGCAGUAGACAAGUCUUUCGUUCAUUGGUACAGGACAGUUGGCGUUGUGUGGAGUCCCCUGCAGAUGACUAGCUCUACGUGCUUGUUCCUAGACAGCUAAGAAGUACAAUUUCUUUCCUGAUCCUGCAGCCUCUGACAACUCUUUCCUCACAAUUAUAUUAUGAUGUUUUUGAUAGAUUUUUACCAAAUGGGAAACAACCACAAAGCUGAUAAUCUUUCCCAAAAACAACCCAGUUACAGUAAAGAAGAAACAAGUCUUAUUGCAGAAAUAUUUUUCCAAGGAAUUAGGAAAGAAAAUGCUUGCAGUAACCUCAAGUUAAGUGCACUGAAGUAAAGCUGAACAAAACAAAAUCCCAAUGCAGAGCUUUCUGAGUUUACACUUCAAAUAUCUGACAUUCCUAUAAAUUGUCUCAUGAAAUCUGUGCUGAAAUUCAGAGAUACAAGCAGUUCACAAUCUACCUUGUGGAGAUGAAAUGUGAACAGUUAUUUAGACAUUAGGGUCAACUAAUCUGGACUGGCCACAUGAUGCUUAGUUUUGUCCACAUGUCCCAAGAAGAAGAAAUCACUAACUUUUUUUUUUUUAUUGAGAAAAAAAAUAUUUAAAAUUUCACAAUUUCAGUAUUGCUGUUAUCAAUGUACAGUGAAUUUGAUGCUUAUUAAAUUUUCCCAAUUAA